GCGUGAGAAUUUCCCCCAGUUCCUUCACAAGACCUCCACGCGGCGCCGCUCGGCCCGGGCUGUCCCGUUCCGCUCAACCAUGACUUCGAGGUGCGCCACCCCGAUUUGGCAUCUUCUGUCGUUCCUGACUCUCGCCGCAGGUUGGACCGACUCCUCCUCCUCCUCGACACUGGGUCGUCAACCUCUGUAAGGACUACAGCUGCAAAGCAGCUCGCCCAGCUCGCUGUAAAGAGUGUAAUAAGCGAUGUAACUAUAGUCGAAGACGAUAUCAAAUCUACUCGCCAGCAUGCCACCGCCAUGAGCGACUCGGCAGCGUGGUCUGAGUUAAUGUCUGUGGUGGCAAGGAUCCUGCCAUACCUGCAUUCAAAAUCCCACGAGACCCGCACAGCCGUGUCUGUCGCGUUAUCUCAAAUAUUCACUCUCGUUCCCCUCUGGCAUCCUGGUGCUGAAGAGGAUGUCAAGACUCCCGGAGAGGCCGAGGGCCUAUCCGUUCCGGAGUUUCCCCACUUCUCGGUUCAAGAACUCAUGGAGAAGGGUACACUGCUCCUUGCAUCGUCCGGCAAAGAGUUCACAAAGCCGACGGGCAUCCUCGCCAGCUCGUCCGAGGUCAAGAAGGCGCGAAAAGACGCGAUGAGUCGCCUGGGCCUCGACUUCCUCGACACCGUCGGCGGCGCAGAUGAUAUUGACUUGGAGAAGGAGCUGGCUGGGGACGAGGAGGAGAUGACCAUAGACAGCGAGAACGGAGUCAAAGUCGAAGAGGGAGUCAAGACGGAGGAAGACGUGAAGCUCAUUAUCCAGCCUGAGCCUAUCAAAAUUGAGAAGUUCGAGACUCCUCAGGCAGGUCCGUCCCAGUCGCCGACCCCCGCGCUCUCUCCAGCGCCAUCCAACGGCCCGCCGCCAAUCGAGGACACCAGCAACCUCUCGGCACGUGAGCGCAAUCGCCUGAAGCGGAAACGGAAGGGUGGACAGAGUGCUUUCGUUGUUGCAACGGCACCAAGCACGAGCACCAAGUAUAACGGGGCUGCCGUUGCACCACCAAACAAAGUCCGCCUCGUUGGUGAGGACCGCAACUCGCCAUCAAGCCGCGCAGCCAGCCCGAAAUCACCCGUCGAAGGCGGCGAGAAGGUCGUUAUCGAUCCGUCAAAGGGCGGUGCGGUCUCUCCAAAAGCAGAGAAGCAGUCAAAGGCGCUUGACGUCGAACAAGGGCGAUGGGUGUGGGAUGGUCUCGUCAAGAUGCUCGAGGUCGACCUGUUCAGCCCCGCUUGGGAGGUGCGGCACGGUGCUGCGAUGGCCCUCCGCGAGCUGCUCAAGAGCCAGGGAAAGUUCGGUGGCAUGAAAGCCGGCUUGUCAUGGGAAGAGAACGAGAUCGCACACGAAAAAUGGUGCAACGAUCUCGCCGUCAAGUUCCUCUGCGUCUUUGUGCUCGACCGCUUCGGCGAUUUUGUCACCGACCAGGUCGUCGCGCCCGUGCGCGAGACGGUUUCGCAGACGCUCGCGUCUCUUUUGCUGCACAUGCCACGACGAUCGGCUCUGCGAGUGCAUGCCAUCCUGCUCGAGAUGAUCCGGCAAGACUUCCCCAUUCCCCAGAAGCCCGCCAACGGUACCCAGAAGGGCAGGCAGAGCGAGAAGGGCCACGUAUGGGAGGUGCGCCAUGCUGGGUUGCUCGGAAUCAAGUAUGAAGUUGCGGUGAGAAGUGACCUCGUGGCUGCAGAAGGCGGGGAGGAGGUCCUGCGCGGUGUUGUCGACGCCGCUGUGCUGGGACUUGGCGAUCGAGAUGACGACGUUCGUUCCGUCGCGGCGUCGUGUUUGUCUCCGGUAGCAGAAUAUCUUGUUAAUCAGCUCCCGGAAGAGCUUCCUCGCGUGCUUGCAGUUCUCUGGAGCUGCUUGAGUAACAUGAAGGACGACCUCAGCUCCUCCGUAGGCGCCGUCAUGGAGCUCCUCGGCAAGCUCGUCGCGUACGACAAGGUCAUCGACAUCAUCGCCGAUCCGGCGCAAUCGCAGCCACUCUCGACGCUCGCACCAACGCUCUUCCCCUUCUUCAGACACACCAUCCCGAAUGUGCGCCUUGCGGUCGUCAAGACAUUGCACUCGUUCAUGUCGGUGCCGUCACUCCCGCGGGACUGGCUCAGCGUCCAAUUCCUGCAGCUACUCUUUCAGAACAUGAUUGUCGAGGAGCGGGAAGACAUUCGCGAUGCGACGCUCGCGGUAUGGCGCCUCGUGCUGUCCAUCCUCAGCGCGGCGCCUGGGUGGCUCGAAUCGCUCGUCCCGCAAGCCCGGCUUCUGCAGUGGUACGGCGCGAUGAUGACGCCGCUUGGCACGCCGAUCGACGUCUCCGCCUUCUACGACCCUGCGCUCGCGCGGGCGAUGGACCAGGGCACAGAGCGACACAACGUCGACAGGAACAUGAUUGCACAGGACCUGUCGUUGGUCUCGAUGGAGACUGUCAUUGCUGCGCGUGUUGCAGCUGCUACGUCGAUGGCGUAUGUGACGGCUGUUUGGCCUAACUUGAGUCACGACGCCAUGUUCCGUCCUAUCCUCAUCCACUACAUCGACUCGCCAUCUAUGCUGCAGAAGUUCCUCGCCGCAAUUGUCACGGAAGAGUGGGCGCGAGAAUAUGAGACCAGCGCGAAGCCUGACGACGCGCUCCUCAUCGAUCGCUCGCCGCUUGCGAAGGAAUUGGCCGCGAAGACGCUCCUCUUCCUGAAGAACGAUCCGCCGGCGUCAUACCACGAGAUGAUGUACACGCUCGCGCGGCUGCACAGCGAGUGCUACGCCCUGCUGCACGCGUUCCACCUCGACUGCAAGCUGCCGGCGUCGGCGAUCCCGAACCUCGGCGACGACAUCGACAUCACGGGCACGCGCACCGACGCGUUCACGAUCUCGACCGCCGAGAAGGCCGUUGGCGAGAUGUUCGACGUGCUCAAGGACACGCUUGGCCGGACGAAGAAGAAGGAGCUCGCGAUCAUCAAGGAGAAGCGUACCCACGUCGCGGCGAACAUCGAGCGCUACGCGGAGGUCAAGGCGCAGUACGACGUCCGUGUCUCAGCGGCGUUUGCGGCGGCGUUCGUUGCCCUCAAGGCGACUCCAGACAAGGUCAGCCCGAUCGUGAAGGGCAUCAUGAACGGUAUCAAAAGCGAAGAGAACAUCCAGCUCCAGACACGUUCUGCUGUCGCCGUUGCCGCCUUUGUCGACUUCUGCGUCCAGAGCGAGCUCAACCAGCCGCCGGAGAAAAUCGUCAAGAACCUCUGCACAUUCCUUUGCCAGGACGUCGAACAGACGCCGACUUUUGCCUAUAGUCGCAAAUACACGCGCGGCAUCCUCUCCUUCAAAACCCCACAGGCCACAGAGAAGUCGAACGGCAAAGAGGAACCUCCAACCCCGGAAGCUGCUGCGAAAGCGCGCCUCUCGCGGCGUGGAGCAAGUUUGGCAUUUGUGCAACUGUCGGAGAAGUUUGGGGACAAGUUGCUCGAUCUUGUUCCGAACAUGUGGCAGUCUAUGGCUGGCGGACUGCUGAGUGCGUGCGUUGGUGAUGAGUCGAAGAAGAUGGACUCGCUCAUCGAUUCGCGUUUCGGCCAAGACGUAAUCGAUUCGUUGAGCGUCCUCGACGCUAUCGUCCCCACCUUCCACUCUGGCCUCCACCCCAAGUUCCACGAACUGUUCUCCAUGAUCAGUCUCGCGCUGCGCAGCAAGUUUGCGAUCAUCCGCCAAUGCGCAGCCCGUUGCUUUGCGACGAUCUGCGAUGUCAUCACCUUGACUGCGAUGCGCUUCGUAAUCGAGAAGAUGGUACCUUACCUCGGAGACGCGCCGAACAUCACGAACAGACAGGGCGCAACUGAGCUCAUUUACCAUAUCGUGCAGAAGCUAGAUAUCAAGGCACUGCCAUACGUCAUUUUCAUGAUCGUUCCCGUGCUCGGUCGUAUGAGUGACUCGGACGAUGAUAUCCGGUCGACCGCCACGAACACGUUCGCAUCGCUUGUCAAGAUGGUGCCCCUAGAAGCUGGCCUUCCCGAUCCACCAGACUUCUCUGAGGACUUACUCCGCCGUCGCGAGACUGAGCGACAGUUCCUUACUCAACUUCUCGAUGGUAGCAAGGUGCAGCAGUUCGAUAUUCCUGUCAAGAUCAACGCCGAGCUGCGCAAGUACCAGCAGGAGGGUGUCAAUUGGCUCGCGUUCCUGGCGAAGUACCAAUUGCACGGUAUUCUCUGCGACGAUAUGGGUCUCGGCAAGACGCUUCAGUCGAUCUGUAUCCUCGCGAGCAAGCACCAUGAGCGCGCCAAACGGUACGAGGAGACGCAGUCGCCCGACUCGGUGCACUUCCCGUCGCUCAUAGUCUGCCCGCCGACGCUCACUGGCCACUGGUACUACGAGGUCCUCAAGUACACGGAUAAUCUGAAGCCGAUCAUGUAUACGGGCAACUCGCGUGAGCGAUGCAAGUUGAUCCCGAAGCUCAAGAAACAUGACAUCGUGAUCACGUCGUACGAGGUCGUUCGUAACGACGUCGCCAGUCUUCAGGACAUGAAUUGGCACUACUGCAUUCUUGACGAGGGCCAUAUCAUCAAGAAUGCAAAGACAAAGCUCACAAAGGCAGUAAAGAGCAUCCGGGCGAACCAUCGGCUGAUCCUCUCUGGGACGCCAAUCCAGAAUAACGUACUCGAGCUGUGGUCACUCUUCGACUUCUUGAUGCCGGGCUUCCUUGGAACUGAGUCGAGCUUCAACGAGCGGUUCAGCAAGCCUAUCCUGUCCAACCGAGAUGGCAAGAGCAAGAGCGGUGAAGCUGCUGCGCUCGCACUUGAGGCUCUCCAUAAGCAGGUCCUGCCCUUCCUUCUGCGCCGAUUGAAGGAGGAUGUCCUCAACGACCUCCCGCCCAAGAUCAUUCAGGACUACUAUUGCGAGCUGUCUGAACUCCAGAAGUACAUGUACGAUGACUUUUCCAAGUCGAACGCUCGGACGUCAGCAGCGGACGUCGUUCGCUCCGCAGAUGGAGGCGCUGGUGGAAAGGGUCAGCAGCACGUAUUCCAGUCUCUACAGUACCUCAGGAAGUUGUGCAACCAUCCGGCCCUUGUGCUCAAGGACUCGCAGGCUAUCAAGGAGACGUUCGAGAAUGCUGGCUACAAGGGCAGCUCGACAGAUCUCAGCGACAUUCAGCAUGCCCCCAAGCUGCUUGCUCUUCGGCAGCUGCUGAAUGACUGUGGCAUCGGCACUUCUACAUCGCUCUCUGGUGAGACAGCCAAGACCGAGCUUCUCGACACCGACUCGGGCUCGACCGGCGGCGCCUUCUCGCAACACCGUGUCCUCAUCUUCUGCCAGAUGAAACAGAUGAUUAAUAUCAUCGAGAACGACCUCUUCAAGCAGCACAUGCCGUGCGUGACGUACAUGCGUCUAGAUGGUAGCGUCGAUGCGAAUAAGCGGCACGCCAUCGUGCAGACAUUCAACUCUGACCCCAGCAUCGACUGCUUGCUGCUGACGACGCAUGUCGGUGGUUUGGGCCUCACCCUGACGGGGGCGGAUACGGUCAUCUUCGUCGAACACGACUGGAAUCCGAUGAAGGACCUGCAGGCCAUGGAUCGCGCACACCGUAUCGGACAAAAGAAAGUUGUGAACGUGUACCGGCUGAUCACGAAGGGCACCCUAGAGGAGAAGAUCAUGGGUCUUCAGCGUUUCAAGCUGAACAUCGCCAACUCUGUCGUGACCCAACAGAACUCCGGGCUGUCGUCGAUGGACACGGAUCUCGUCCUGGACCUGUUCCGGCGUACGACCGAGGAGGAAGACGCGGCCGCCGCAAAGAAGAAGGAGAAAGACGCCACGGCGUUUGCCCAGAAGAACGUGCUCAAAGGGCUGGAGGACCUGCCGCCCGAAGAGGAGUACGCGGGCUUGGACCUCGAGAGCUUCAUGGGCUCGCUGUCCGCUCAUUGAGAGAUCGCUUUGCACCCACUAUUCUACCUUGCCGACUCGGGUUUUUGAGCCGUGCCUUCCUUCGUAUUGUUAUUUGUCCUCCCUUUCUCGGACGUCGCUCAAGCCUAGACUACUGCAGUGUAUCAUGUUAGUAAUUGUAGAUUUUAGCGAAUACCUUGUAAUAUACAUAUUUCGACAGUGUUUUUUAACGAACCGGAUGCUCACUUUGGAACGAUUU